AUGGAGAAACAGAAUCAUUCGGCAGUGAGUGAGGUGACUGAAUUUAUCCUCCUGGGGAUCACCAGCAACCCUGGGCUGCAAGCACCUCUCCUUGCAAUCUUCCUCAUCAUAUAUUUGAUCACAGUGAUAAGCAAUCUGGGCAUAAUUAUCUUGACCCACUUGGACUCCAAGCUAAAUACUCCCAUGUACUUUUUCCUUAGACAUUUGUCAAUUACUGAUCUUGGUUACUCCACUGUCAUUGGCCCAAAAAUGAUGGUAAACUUUGUGGUGCACAAGAAUACAAUUUCCUACCAUUGGUGUGCCACCCAGCUGGCAGUCUUUGAGAUUUUCAUCAUCACCGAACUGUUUAUUCUUUCAGCAAUGGCCUAUGAUCGCUAUGUAGCCAUCUGCAAACCUCUCCUCUACAUGGUCAUCAUGGCAGAGAAGGUGCGAUGGGCGCUGGUCCUUAUUCCUUAUUUCUACAGUACAUUUGUGUCGCUCUUUCUCACUAUCAAAUUAUUUAAGCUGUCCUUCUGUGGCUCUAACAUUAUCAGUUAUUUUUACUGUGACUGCCUUCCUCUCAUAACUAUGCUCUGUUCUGACACGCAUGAAUUAGAAUUGAUCAUUUUAAUUUUUUCAGGCUGUAAUUUGCUCUCUUCCCUCUUCAUAGUUCUUAUAUCCUAUAUGUUUAUUCUUGUGGCCAUUCUCAGAAUGAACUCAACUGAGGGGAGACACAAAGCCUUCUCAACCUGCAGUUCCCAUCUGACAGUGGUGGUUGUGUUCUAUGGGACAUUACUAUUUAUUUACCUGCAGCCCAAAUCCAGCCAUAGUUUCAAUAUUGAUAAAAUGGCCUCUGUGUUUUACACCCUGGUGAUCCCUAUGCUGAAUCCACUGAUCUACAGCUUAAGGAAUAAAGAAGUAAAAGAUGCUCUGAUGAGAACUUGGUAG